AUGAGGGAACAAAUGUUAAAACUAGACCACAGAAGGAAAAAGCCAGUUGAAGAUGGAAAGGGUCUUCAUUUGAUCCACUUGUUGCUCAUAUCCGCAACCUCAGUCGACGAGAACAACAUCAAUUUAGCAGUUGAAAAUCUCAAUGAGUUGUACCAAAACGUAUCAUUAACUGGUGACUCAGUACAACGAGUCGCAGCCUAUUUUGCAGAUGGAUUGGUGGCAAGAAUUCUCACUCGAAAAUCGCCAUUUUACGACAUGAUAAUGAAGGAGCCAACACCUGAAGAAGAGUUCUUAGCUUUUACUGAAAUGUAUAGGGUGUCUCCAUAUUAUCAAUUCGCUCAUUUCACCGCCAAUCAAGCUAUUCUCGAGGCCUUUGAAACCGAGGAAGAAAACAACAAUAGGGCAUUGCAUAUUAUCGACUUUGACGUCUCCUAUGGCCUCCAAUGGCCUUCCCUUAUGCAGUCUCUUUCCGAGAAGGCAACUAGUGGCAAUCGGAUAUCGCUGCGAAUAACGUGCUUUGGAAGAAGCAUGGAAGACCUACAAGAAACUGAGAAGAGACUCUUGAGCUUUGCAAAAGGUUUUCAUAACUUGGUUUUUGAUUUCCAAGGGUUGUUGAGAGGUUCCAAACUCGUAAACCCGAGGAAAAAGAAGAAUGAAACAGUCGCCGUAAAUUUAGUUUUUCAUCUAACUACUUUGAAUAAUUUUUCAAAGAUAUCCGAGACGUUGAAAUCUGUACAUUCUCUUAACCCUUCGAUUGUGAUAUUGGUGGAACAAGAAGGUAGCAGAAGCCCUCGAAGCUUUUUGUCAAGAUUUAUGGAAUCUUUGCACUAUUUUGCGGCGAUGUUUGAUUCACUGGAUGAUUGUCUCCCACUCAAUAGCACAGAAAGGUUGAGUAUCGAGAAAAAUCAUCUAGGAAAAGAGAUCAAAAGCUUUAUGAGCUAUGACAAGGAUGAUAUGAACUGCCCAAGAUAUGAGAGGAUGGAAACAUGGAAGGGAAGGAUGGAGGGUCAUGGAUUUGGAGGAGUUAAACUAAGUUCCAAGACUCUGUUACAAGCAAAACUUCUUUUGAAAAUCAAAAGUCACUGUUGUCCCAUUCAAUUGGAUGGAGAGAAUGGUGGGUUCAAAAUUUCCGAAAGAGAUGAUGGCAGAGCUAUUUCUCUGGGGUGGCAGGAUAGGUGUCUGAUAACAGCCUCUGCAUGGCAUUGUGACCCACAACCAUACCAAAUAUAUAGUCUCCAUCUGUCGAUUCAAAGAAUUCCACAGCUCCGCUGGCACACACCACUAUCCAUCACCACCAACACAACCACCAGCCAGCCAAAUGUACCACCUGUGCAACACCCAAGCCACCACCAAAAUCGAUAA